CACAUACAUCCUACAUGCUUCAGGAACUCACCAUCUCCCACAAUAUCCAGCUCUAUAUCGUCUCCACUACCCGUAGCCACCUCUUCCUCUCCCUCCUCUCCCUCUCCUUCCUCCUCUCUCCCUCCCUCUGGUGUACCAACACUCCCCAAGGUUGGCUGUGGCUCCUCUUCAACCAUUAUCACAGUGUUGCGACGACCUCCUACUCUAAAUUUUGGCAGUUCGAAGGGCGAAAUAUUGAACGUUGA